AUGGACGAUCAUGUGCGUGAUCACUUGAAGGCGCUCGUACGUGGCGAUGCUGUCCCAGCGCCAUUCUUGCCGCCAGAGCUCACAGAGCUCACAAAGCAUGCGCCGCCGAGUCGACCAGCACACUCUGUCCUUCCUUCCAUUUGGGCGCAACUAUCACAGCUUGUGUCUGAUCGCGAGCUGGAGUCAGAUGACACCGGAACAUCCGGCGCUGCCAAUGUGCUUCUUCAACACCUGGACUCUGCCAUGACAGGCGUGGAGCAGAAAAAUCAGACUGUGCAAAUGGUCAUUGAUAUCCUUGAUCCGCGCGGCAGUAGCGGUGGAAAGAACGUGACGUUUGAUGCCGACACAGCGUCGGCCGUACUCGUAGACAUGCUAGGGUUCGAAUUGGUCGAGCUUGUAGCAAUGCUCGUGGCGAAUCCACACGCUACUGCAGCGCAGUUGCGUCGGGCGCAAGCGCUGCGUGCACAUGGCGUAGGAAGCGCGAAGGAACCUCUUUCUCUCGCACCAUCUUCCGGUUCGCAAGAGACAUAUCCAAAUGUAUUCAACAGUGGUGAGCAUGGGAGUGUAUUGAGUGCUUUUGGCACACGCUUCGCUCUUCCCAUGGGCACCCAGCGCAUUCACAACCAGUAUUAUGAAGAGGUGUCAGUUCCACGCAGUCAGCCGAUGCCAUUCCGCAGCACGGAGCGGCUUGUUACAACGGAAGAAAUGGAUCCUUUGUGCCGUGGUGCAUUCCGUCAUUACAAGACGCUGAAUCGGCUCCAGAGUGCUGUCUACCCAAUGGCGUACAAAACACAUGAAAACCUCCUUGUGUGUGCGCCUACUGGUGCAGGAAAGACGGACGUCGCGAUGCUGUCAAUCUUACAGUGCAUCUCGCGCUAUAUGCAUUAUAGCGAGCGAGACUCGAUCCAUGUGGACAAAAGCGCGUUUAAAAUCGUAUAUGUGGCACCAAUGAAGGCACUUGUGUCCGAGAUUGUGAGCAAGUUCCAGAAACGGCUCGCAUAUCUUGGCCUUCAAGUGCGCGAGCUCACAGGUGACAUGCAGCUAACUCGGAAAGAAAUUUCCGAAACGCAGAUGAUAGUUACGACGCCGGAAAAAUGGGACGUGGUCACGCGUAAACCUACUGGCGACGGCGAUUUGGCUCUGUCUGUGCGCCUGCUCAUUAUCGAUGAAGUACAUUUGCUUCAUGAAGAGCGUGGUUCCGUUAUUGAGACAAUCGUUGCUCGAACGCAGCGACUGGUAGAGUCCACGCAGUCCAUGAUCAGGAUCGUCGGCUUGUCUGCGACACUGCCGAACUUUGUGGAUGUGGCCGACUUUUUGAGCGUGAAUCGGUACCGGGGUCUGUUUUAUUUUGGUGCAGCUUUUCGUCCCGUACCGCUGGAGCAGCAUUUCAUUGGUGUGCGUGGAAAGCACGGGUCAGCUCAGUCUCGCACUCAUCUUGACCGUGUAGCGUAUGAAAAAGUUAUGGAGCUCGUACGCGAGGGACACCCUGUGAUGGUCUUUGUUCACACGCGAAAAGACACUGUCAAGACAGCUCAGACACUGUUAGAGCUAGGUAAGGACGACGACCUGCACUCUAUUCUAGUUGAGGGACGCGACGCUACACGCUUUGAGCGCGAUGUCACAUCGAGUCGGAAUCGCGAGCUUCGCGAACUAUUCGAGCAUGGCAUAGGGAUUCACCACGCAGGUAUGCUGCGCUCUGAUCGUGAUUUGAGUGAGCGCCUCUUCGCUGCCGGCGCCACGCGUGUACUGUGUUGUACGGCGACUCUGGCAUGGGGUGUGAACUUGCCGGCCUAUGCGGUUAUCAUUAAAGGCACGGACGUGUACGAUGCUGAGCAGGGAAAAAUGGUCGAUCUUGGAAUUUUGGACGUACUGCAAAUCUUUGGUCGAGCUGGCCGCCCUCAAUACGAGGAUGUGGGUGUCAGCUACAUUUGCACGUCGAGUGAGAAGCUGCCACACUAUAUCGAGGCGAUCACAUCUGCGCAUCCGAUUGAAUCGACGUUUCUUCGCGGCUUAGUCGAUGCACUCAAUGCUGAGAUCGCUUUGGGCAGUGUGUCUAGUCUGGACGAUGGUGUGUCGUGGCUCGGCUUUACAUACCUUUUCACUAGGCUUAGGAAAGCGCCUCUUGUCUAUGGCCUCGACGCUCACGACCUUGAGGCCGAUCCAACACUCGUCCAGCGUCGCCGGCACUGGAUCUCCUAUGCGGCACGCGUGCUUGUGCAACACCAAAUGAUCGUGUUUGACACGUCCGCGGGUACUUUGCGCCCAACGAACAUGGGUCGCAUUGCUUCGCGUUAUUAUUUGAGCCACAAAACAAUAGGCGUCUUCCAUGACGCCUGCGGAAUCACCUGGGCGAAGCGGAUGCUCUUGACCUCAUGUCGCGUGCAGCAGACUUUGAGCAAAUACCGCUGCGUGAGAGUGAAGAAGACGAGCUCAAGUCUCUGCUGGAAAGUGUGCCGUGUGAAGUGGCUGGUGGCACAGCAACAGCGCCAGGCAAAGUGA